UAUGUGGCACAAGCCGCAAAGAUAAACAAAGUGCUAAAUAAAUUUGUCCUGUGCAGAAAUAGGACUUAAUUUUUGGAAUUUUUUAAUUAAUUAAGAAAAAAGUUACAAAAUCUGCUUAUUAUGGAUUAUGAUUUUAAAAUGAAGACCCAAAAGGAGCGCACGAAAGUGGAGGACCUCUUCAACUAUGAAGGCUGUAAAGUUGGACGUGGAACAUACGGUCAUGUUUAUAAGGCAAAAUGGAAAGAAACUUCAGAUGGCAAGGAAUAUGCCCUUAAACAAAUCGACGGUACCGGACUAUCCAUGUCAGCGUGUAGAGAAAUUGCUCUGUUACGGGAGUUGAAGCAUCAGAAUGUUAUAACACUUAUACGUGUCUUCCUGUCACACACAGAUCGCAAAGUAUUUCUGCUCAUAGACUAUGCCGAGCAUGAUUUGUGGCAUAUAAUUAAAUUCCAUAGGGCAGCCAAGGCGGCCAAGAAACAAGUUGUAGUUCCGCGAGGUAUGGUAAAGAGUUUGUUGUACCAGAUACUCGAUGGCAUUCAUUAUUUGCACAGCAAUUGGGUGUUACACCGCGAUCUUAAACCGGCUAACAUUUUGGUGAUGGGGGAUGGUCCUGAGAGGGGGCGUGUGAAAAUAGCUGAUAUGGGAUUUGCCAGGCUCUUCAAUUCCCCAUUGAAACCAUUGGCGGAUUUGGAUCCGGUGGUAGUAACAUUUUGGUAUCGCGCCCCUGAAUUGUUGUUGGGAGCUCGUCACUACACCAAAGCUAUAGACAUAUGGGCUAUUGGUUGUAUAUUUGCAGAAUUGCUAACAUCCGAGCCUAUUUUUCACUGCCGCCAGGAAGAUAUUAAAACCAGCAAUCCCUACCAUCAUGACCAGCUGGAUCGUAUUUUUAAUGUUAUGGGCUUUCCACAGGACAAAGACUGGGAGGAUAUAAAAAAGAUGCCGGAACAUCACACGCUCACUAAAGAUUUCAAACGUUCUUCGUACUCUACCUGCUCGUUGGCGAAAUAUAUGGAUCGGCAUAAGAUAAAACCGGAUAGCAAAGCUUUUCAUUUGCUGCAGAAAUUACUGUUAAUGGAUCCAAAUAAACGCAUCACAUCCGAGCAAGCUAUGCAAGAUCCGUACUUUCAGGAAGAGCCUUUGCCUACUCAAGAUGUAUUUGCGGGCUGUCCGAUACCCUAUCCAAAAAGGGAGUUUCUUACAGACGAUGAUCAAGAGGAUAAGUCUGACACGAAACGCCAACAACAACAGCAACAGCAGCAACAACAACAACAACAGCAGCAGCAGCAACAACAACAGCAAGCUGCAGUGGCUCAGCAACAAGCUCAAGUUCAGGGUCAACAACAGCAGCAGCAGCAAAACCAGCAACAACAACAUCAUGAGCCAAACUCUAAGCGUGUACGACUUUCGGGUCCCGGAGGUGGUCCACAGCCGAAUCAACAGGACUUCCAUCAUCAACAAGCAGCUGCUGCAGUCCAACAGCAACAACAACAACAACAGCAACAACAACAGCAGCAGCAAGCUGCUCAAAUGAUGUUCAACCAACAACAACAGCAGCAACAAAAUUUUCAACAGCGCUUUUAAAACUAUUGUAGUCCCAAAAAUAUCUAAUCUAUCAUAGGUCCAGGCUUUUUUUUAUGGCAUUCUAUAUGCCGACUUUUAUUAUAAGGAUCAUUUGCAUUUCGAAUAUAUUAUGGGUCUCCUAUUAUUGUUUACAUUUCCCAAAUCCGCUACUAUUAAGAUGUAAGAAGUAAUUAUACAGAUAUAACAAAU